GCCCGCACACAGAGGAAUCCGUUCGCUCCGCUACGCCACCGGCCUGCGGCUGCGAUGGAGGUCGCGGCGGUUCGGCUGCUGCGCGGCGGCUCCCUGCUAGGAAGAAACUACCCGACUUGCCUGUCUUCUUGGAAGACGCCUCGGGCCCUCUGGUCUUCCCAGUCUGAAGCGCUGCUCAGUCCGACACACAGCGGGCUCCCCUGCGCCCCCCUGCAGACGUUCACCGAUGAGGAGGCCAUGAUGAAGAGCGCAGUUAAAAAAUUUGCCCAGGAACAAAUAGCUCCUUUGGUUUCAACAAUGGAUGAAAAUUCAAAAAUGGAGAAAUCAGUAAUACAAGGAUUAUUUCAACAAGGGCUGAUGGCGGUCGACGUCGACACCAAGUACGGAGGGACCGGGGCUUCGUUUUUCUCCUUCGUCCUGGUGGUGGAGGAGUUAUCCAAAGUCGACGCGUCGGUGGCUUUGAUAUGUGACGUCCAGAACACAGUGGUCAAUGGGCUGAUUCGAAAGCACGGGACAGAGGAGCAGAAGGCUGCCUACUUGACCCAGCUCGCUACCAAGAAGGUAGGAAGCUUCUGCCUUUCAGAGGCCGGAGCAGGUAGCGAUUCAUUUGCUUUGAAGACCAGAGCUGAUAAAAAGGGAGAUUACUAUGUCAUCAGCGGGUCCAAGAUGUGGAUCACCAGCGCCAGAGAGGCCGAACUGUUCCUGGUGAUGGCGAACGUGGACCCGAGCGCGGGGUAUAAAGGAAUUACGUGCUUCAUCGUCGACCGCGAUGCCGAAGGGUUUCAUGUCGGGAAAGCAGAGAACAAACUGGGGAUCAGGGCUUCUUCCACCUGCCCGUUAACACUUGACAACGUCAAGGUUCCAGAAGCCAACAUCCUGGGGCAAGUUGGACAUGGCUAUAAGUACGCCAUAGGGAGCCUUAAUGAAGGCAGAAUAGGAAUUGCGGCACAGAUGCUGGGAUUGGCUCAAGGAUGUUUUGACUACACUAUUCCAUAUAUUAAAGAAAGGAUGCAAUUUGGCAAAAGAUUAUUUGAUUUUCAGGGGCUCCAACACCAGGUGGCUCACGUGGCCACCCAGCUGGAAGCUGCAAGGCUGCUGACCUACAACGCUGCCAGGCUCGUGGACGCUGGGCGGCCGUUCGUGAAGGAGGCAGCGAUGGCCAAGUACCACGCGUCGGAGGUGGCAGGACUGACGACCAGUAAAUGUAUCGAGUGGAUGGGGGGCGUCGGCUACACCAAAGAUUACCCCGUGGAAAAGUACUUCCGAGACGCCAAGAUUGGCACGAUAUACGAAGGAGCGUCCAACAUCCAGCUGAACACCAUCGCGAAGCUGCUGGACGCGGAGCACUGACCCCGCAGGGCCUCCCUGUGCCGCCCGCGGGGACUCGGAGCCGUCGGGCCGUUCGCGGAGAGUCCGCCACCACGGGACUGGCGUGAUCCACUCAAGGCCUCUGUCCUGGGGCCUGGGUAGACCUUUUCUAUUCCAUCUUUCAGGCGACCAUUUUUAAAAUUUGGGGAGAAAUGCAUUCGUAUCUUCUCGGAAGCUUUCUCAGAGUUCCGUGGGGAUUGUUCUAAACGUGCAGACGGUUUCUCCGCCAGCGUUCCAAGUGUUCGUGACACGCGGCGUUUGUAUAUUCCUGUGAACUCCGUCCUGCGGCACGAGUCACGUGUUCGUGGAGCGUGCCGUCCUGCAGGAGAGAGAUCAGUUCUAAGCUGCUGAACUAGGUAGAAACUGAUAAAAAUUUGUAAAUACCUGAGAUUGGGUGGAAAAUAAGGGUCUAACUCUGUCAGCCAUAUAAACGAAGACGACGUUAUUUGAACACAAUAAAGCAGUAGAAUCUGUUCCGAUGAUUGACCUGUGUGAAGGUGCAUUUGGAAUGGUUUCCGCAGACCCUUGCAAAACAAGUGUGGUGUUAGUUUUCUGGUGUAAAGCUUAAAUAAUUUGGUUUAAUAAUCAGAAUAUGUUCAAUAAUGUCUGUCCUAUCAUGCAAUGUUUUUCAGCAAUACAAUUUCU